UAAUCUAGUGCAAAGAACAGAUGAGGCCUGUAAAAAAAUACUUGAUGCGACUUGAUUUCAAAUCUGAAUUGGAAGAAGAAAAGAAACGACGUUUUCCCCAAUAUUUGCUAAAAAUUGGACGUAAAAUUUCAGAAAUCUUAAAGAGUUACAAAGAUCCAGAAUCAGUAAAAGAAUGGAGAAGUAACUUAUGGAUUUUUGUUUCAAACUUUACUGAGCAAAAUGCUAAGCAACUGUAUAAAAUAUAUCGUCAAGCUAUUAAAGAUAUAGAACUGGCGAAUCGUCCAUCUGAGUCGAAGAAAUCAAAUGAUAACAUGGAAAGAAAAUCUAUUCUUGAUACUAGUCCCAAACAAUCUAUACCUGAUAAACAGAAUAGCAAACAUCGUUCUCAACAAGGGUCAUCCAAUAAAAGGUCAGCUGAAGAUGAUCCUGGUAGGAAAGGUGAUCGACCAUUAAAAAAGAAAUACUCAGACAGUCCUAAUGACAGAAAAAUAUCUGAAAGGAGAGAUAGUGAUAGUCGAAGUUCAGACAAGAAUUUGUAUCCACAAAAAAGUCCAUCCAAUAGUUAUUCUGGUGCACCUCAUCAUGGUUAUUCAAAUCAUAGAGAUGGUGUACCAAAUAAGAUGAAAAUGGAUCGUUGGAACAAUUCAAAUCAUUCGAGUGGAAAUUGGUCAAAAGAUAGGUAUUCAAAUGAUUAUAACAAACGUGAUCACUACAGAAACUAUUCUAGAGAAGAAGGCAACAAUUUCCAGCGAGGAAAACCUCAUAGAGAUUACCCAUAUCCUCCAGAUAGGCAUAAUAAUAGAUAUCAUCAAAGUGGUGGUGGGGGCUACUCUUCAUAUGGUAUGCGUCCGGCACCUUAUGGUAUGCCUGGUCAACCUCCUCCUGCUCAUAGUGGUUAUAACUAUGGACCUGCACCCCCUGUACAUUCACCUCCUUCAAUGGGCUCCCAACCACCUCAUCAUGGGUCAGAUCAUUCCGGUGAUUCAUAUGGAUCCUAUCAAGGUCACGCCGAUUCUUGGCGUAGAAGAAAAGAUCAUAGUUCCAGUAGUGAUCACAAAUUCAAAAACUAAAAUUUCCUAGUCUUGUAUAUGUCUUUUGCAUCAGGAACAGUUUAGGACUACAUAUAUAUAUAUUAAUAUAUUUUCUAUGAACACAACUGUGUGAAUAUGUAAAUAUCAUACCCAUAAUUUAAUCAUCAAUUAACACUGUGAUGUGGUAAAAUCGACAAACUUCAUUAUCAUUUAAAUCUAAUUUGCUACAAGGAAUUAUCAUCAUGUGUACAAACUAAUGCAUUCCACAACAAGCAGAAAUGAAAGUGCUUUUUCUUAUGUACAUUACAGUAUAAAGAAGAAAAAUCAAUUUGUAAAUAAUAAAUUAAUGGUUUUCAGUUUU